AUGGCUUCCACAGGCACUGGAGGCACUUUGCCACCCAACUUUCUUUUGACCCCGCAACAGCAGAACCUUCUCUUUGCUGCCCUCAACUCCAAUAAGCAGCAGCUUGCUGGUUCUACCGCCAACAACGCUGUGUCUGCCCCGAACAACUCUUUCCGCAACUCCCCCAGCCAACAAAAGCCCGCUCAGGCCUCAGCUUUCCAGGAGAGUCCCUUCCUCGACAACUACGACUAUGACUUUGGCGACUCUGGCUUUGAUUUCUCCUUUGCCAGCGAGGAUCAGCCAUCUAUGAUUGGAGACCUUCCUGGUACCACCGCCGAUUCCACAAACAACGCCGCCUCUGUAGCUUUGUCAGACUCUUCAGAGACCGAGACUCCCGAGAAACGCAGCUACCCAGACGAUGAGGACGAUGAAGACAGCCCAGGUCAAGAACACAAGCGUCGCGAAAGCGCCGGCAAGGUUCCCAAGAAACCCGGCCGUAAGCCUCUUACAUCCGAGCCUAGUUCGAAACGUAAAGCUCAAAACCGAGCUGCUCAGCGUGCUUUCAGAGAACGCAAGGAGAAGCACCUGAAAGAUCUCGAGACAAAGGUCGACGAGUUGGAAAAGGCUUCCCAGGCCGCUAACCACGAGAAUGGCAUGCUGCGAGCACAGGUUGAGCGUAUGACGGCUGAACUCAACCAGUACAAGCAAAAGGUCACUGUCAUGUCAACCACCAAAUCUCUGCCUCGAGAAAAGGUUCCCUUUGGUAGUGCUGCUGUCAGCAACCUUGGCGAUGUUAACUUUCAGUUCGAAUUUCCCAAGUUUGGCAUGCUCCCAGGCCCUCCUACCAAUAAGCCUCAAGGAUCAUCACCUACAAGCCCAGACCAACAAAAGGCUCCUUACCCAAGCCCCAACAACAACAUGAACAACAACGCGCAAUCGGCACAGCAAUUUAAGGACGAUUUAGCCAAGUUCUCGGGUGUUUUUAGCCCUUCCAUGUCAAGUUCGGCCACCAACCCUUCCCGCACAAGCGUCGACUCUGGAAACUACAGCAUCAACGGCGCCUCAAGCUCCCCAUCUGCUUCAUCGCAUUCAAACACUGGUCCCAGCUCUUCUUGUGGUACCUCGCCUGAACCCUUCAACCAGUCGCCUAUGGGGUUCAAGCCUGUUGAUACGAUGACCACCAUCGGCGAGGAACAGUCCGGCCAGAACAAUGCUAGCCAAUUCGGCAAUGUGGAUCUCAACAGCACCAACUUUGACUGGCUUUCGCAACAGAAUGGUGGACAAUUUGACCCACAACUCUUUGGCGAUUACCGCGAGCCUCAAGCCAAUGUUUUGUCCAACCCAUCGUUUGACGACUUCUUCAACGAUGCUCUUGACAGUGAUUUCUUUACUCCUUACAACAUGGCACCCAACAGCCCCAAUGCCCAGGCUAACAACCAGCACAAGAAGGCUUCCAAUCUGAUCGAUCAGAUUGAUGCUCAGAAGGAGUCUUGUGACGACGAGCCCCCCAAGAAACAGAACAUGAACUGUAAUCAGCUUUGGGAGAAACUCCAAGCUUGCCCCAAGGCACAGACUGGCGAGUUCGAUCUGGACGGUCUUUGCUCCGAGCUUACCAAGAAGGCCAAGUGCUCCGGCACUGGGCCCGUGGUGGCGGAAACCGACUUUGACACCAUUCUUCAAAAAUACAUGGGCAAAGAUGUUUCCAGCAGUUGUGUUGCUGAGAAGUUGGGUGUAGAACUUUCGUCUACGAAGCCCAAUUCGGAGGCGCACCUUGGUCUAUCAGCUUGA